AUGUGCCCAGGGAGCCACGCGCUGGGGAGCCAAGCAGCUGGCCUGAGGGAUGUGGCACUUUGGGGCCAGGAGGUGGGCGUGUGCGGGCCCCUGCCUGAGUGUGUUUCCAGGCCCCUGUGCCUGUUUCAGAACCCUGGGCUCUCCCUCCCAAGUGCCGCCGGCCCUGAGACCUCCGCGCAGCAGCCAGCUCCUGGGCCCCGGCGGCCCGAGGCACACGCACCCAACCCGGGCAGGCUCUGCAGGGAAGCCCCCGCGCCACUAGGUGGAGCCCGACCCGCAGGCUUCAGCUGGACUGCGGGCGCACCAUGGGAACACUGCCAGGCUCCGGUUCCUCCGAGUCCCCUCUGCGGCUCGGACGAAGCGCAGACGCCGCGGGGCCGGGCCCUGGGCCUGGUCCAAGCCUUCACCACCGGCCCUGGCAGUCCGGAGUGGCCGCGACGGCAUCGCGCUCCCGGCCCGCCGCUUUUCAGAGGCCCGGGCCACCCCAGCGCGCGAGCGUCUGCCAGGCCGGGGCAACCUACCUGUAGGCGCCAUCGCUGCCACCGCCGCCGCCAUCACCCGGAGGCUCCGGGAGGCUCGCGCCCGGCCUCGUCCUGGCCUCGUCGCUACCGCUGCGGCGCGGGCUCGGGCGACCACGGCGAGACGGGCCUGGGGCCGGCCACCCAGGGAGGCGGUCCGCCACCCCCUGGCGCAGCAGUUCGCGCGGCCCGGGGCGGCCACGGCUGGCGGCGAUGGUGCGGCGCCCAGCGCCCCGCGCGUAGUCUUGAGCCUGGUCCUUGGCGGCGGCGGCGGCGGCGGCCCCCCGAUUCCCCCGCCGGAGAGAGCGCGGGAGGCGGCGGCAGAGCGGCGGCGAUCGACGGGACCUCGCGCGGCCCAGCUGCUGCGCAGUACGGCCGGGGCUUUCGGGGAUCGGCAGGCGCGCUCCUCCGGGCGUGGCGGGUCGCCCCCCACGCCCGCACCCCGCAGCCUGCCAUGGUGGCGGAGCGGUUAGAGUGGCGGCCUCCGCGGCCCGAGAUUUUUUUAAAACUCCCGACCCCACGCCCGCCCCUCCCCGGCUCCGCCCCCAUCCCUCCACGCGCCCUGAAAGACACCGACCGCUUCCCUUGGCCAGCCCCAGCCCUUGGUCCCCGCGCCCUUCUGGGACUCGGGCGGCUCGGGGUCCGGGUGCGGGGGCCCUGGCCCUCCCGCGUCAAGCCUCGUGUCCCGCCCCAAGCCGAAGCCUCCAUCCCCAUGCCGGUCUCCUGCACCAGCGCUCCACGCCGGCCGGACCGGGCUUCGCGGCAGACACCCCGCUCCCCAAGUCGCGCUUCUCCAGGAGCAGGGCUCGGCUGCCGGGCUCGCGCAGCGUUGGGCUCCUCCUUUCUCUGGGCGGUCCAAGCGCGGGGCUCCCGGGUCCCCAUGCUUGGGACUUCGGCUGCGGGCGCAUAGGGUGUCGGCGAGACCCUUGCGGUUGUGGGGGCUGUUCGGUCUAGAGACUCCCGCAGAGAGUUCGGGGCACAGGGCGCUCUCGCAAGAGGCUGCAGGAACCCCGGGCACCCCGAGCGCACUCUCAGAAAUUCCCAGCCCUGGGCUCCCCUCUCCGCAUCCCCAGCGCACCGCUCCCUUAGCGUGAAGGGCUGGCACUGGAAGGCUGAGACAGGAAGCGCCCGCCGCCUGUGGUCGGCCAGUGCUCCCUGCUUGUAGUCAAAUGUCGGCCGAGUGCCCCUUGCGCGCCAGCCACGCCAACGCUGGCGGGUUGGCAGUGAGAGCCCAGCACAGAGAGGGCUGGUGCAGCGGGUGCCUAGCACCUGAUCUCAUUAGCUCUGGUUCCUACAAAGGGCUUUGCCACUUCAUCUGUUUCUCUGCCUGAUUAAGGAGCGCUGGUGCCUGGGAAAGCAGGUAGGGGUGGGAAGGGGGUGCCAGGAGGUGUCCCAUUGUUGGUGCAGGUGCAGCCACCGGCAGAGGUGGAAGCAGGCCUGGGAGAGAGAGGCGGCCAUGGGAGGGUUCCUGGCCUGCCCAGCCAGGGUGGACGGAUCCUUCCUAAAGUUAUCUGCUUUCCCCCCAGCUUACUGACCACUUCAGCAGUGGGCCCCCCAGGGCUGGCUCUGUGGCCUUUCUGUACCCUAGCCACUUACCCUAGGACCCAGAGGGCUGCCCUCAGCUGGCGACCGGUGCCCACGCCCAGUGGACGGUGGGAUCCACCCGGAGCUCUCCAGGCCUCAGUGCUGCCCGGCUCUUCCGCCUGGCCUGAAUUCUCACUGCCCCUUCCUGUUGAUCUUUCCUUCUCAGGGAAAUGAACAGUUGGAGGAGGCGCACAUUCAGUUCUCGGUGUUUUUUUCUGUGGUCGGAAGCCCCAGUCAGGUCAUGGUUUACUGUGCUGCCAGGAUUUUCUCUCACUUGUAAGCUGUGGUUGGCGACAGAGCAGAGACACCAGCUGAUACAAGGGGUGAAAAAUGGAGAAACCAGGGAGCCGUUUCGCCACACUUCAGCUUUUGUGUGGCACUGCAGGCCACCCUGUGGCUAAUCGACACCCCUUGGGCCCAUCUGUUGGCCAAUGUUCCCAACACAGAACCCAGGGAGAGGCCUGCUGUGGUCUGGGGCUGCAGCUCUGACAGGGGGUCUCUGCCAGCAGUGGGCCUGCCUCCCAGCGGGGCCUGGCCCUGCGGGGCAGAGGCCCUGCGGUCCAGCCCACACUGGGCAUGGGCCAUGAUGCACCGAGGGACAGAGGACGGGUGUGGCCUGCCAGGGCCCUGGGCAGCACGCUGUUCUCCCCUCUGCCUCCCUCGGGGUGCCCCAGGGCCCUGGGCAGCACGCUGUUCUCCCCUCUGCCUCCCUCGGGGUGCCCCCACCCUCCUCUGCUGCAGGGACCUUUCUUUGCUUCUGAUGGGAGGGCAGGUGCUUUGCUUUUCUGACCAUAGUCCACGUGGGCUGCAGUGGGCCCGGGAGGAUAUGGGAACCUCGUUUAAAACUGAGUUGCUUAAUUGGGGAGUGGAGGGUGUCCUGUCAGUGUGCCCAGAGGGGACAGGGGGCAGCUGUGCCUUCACCUCCUUAAGUGUAUCCGAUCUCAAAGCGCAGAAGUAUAGAAAUACUUUCCAUCUACUUUUUUGCAAAGACUUUAUCCUAUUUUUCUCUGUCUUUGAAUCACUUCACUGAUCACUGCGCUGCAGCGAAGGUAAAGAGGCCUCCAUGUCGAUACUUAAUGAAAUUGCAGGAUUAAAAAAAAAUAAUCCUUCAAAAAGCUGAAGCAACUCCAUGGGGCCACAACUGUGGGGUUGUCUGUGGGCUGUGGGACCUGAAGCAGGCACUGGAAGGCCGGAAAUCAUUCCAGCCCCUUCUCCUUUCUGAAUUGAAGGAAAACUCCCUUAGACGUGGAUUGGAGGGUUAAUUCUAGCCAACAAACCUUUUGCUGCUGGGAAGUGUGGCGGGUGGGCUCCACAUGCUCCGGAAGUAAAGCUUCCAGGGCUCGUUGAGAACUUGCUAGGGCGACAAGUGUGUGUCUGUGCUUUCGUCUGUUUGUCCUUGGCUUUGUGCACCCAGGCCCUUGACCCUGGAACCGCGUGCCGGCAGACUGCGGAUUCAAUGCCCAGUGGUCAGCGUCCACGCUGUUUAGUUAGUGUGUGACUUGGUGAGUGGGGUGUUGCUUGGUAAACCUGUGGAUGCUCACGAGAGCAUCUGACUGUGUAGCUUUAUUUGUGAGUCUGUGCCCUGAUCAUUAAUUGGCAAAGGCUUUAAA